AUGAACAUCGACAGCGUGCUUGUCACCGUGGGCAUGGGCCGUUACCAGUUUGCAGGGUGCGUGCUUUUCGGCUUCAUGAUAAUGUAUUCGAACGUGUCGCCGGUUACCUACGUCUUCACCUCCGGUGAUUUGAAAUACAGGUGCGUGAUACCGGGAUGUGACUCACCAGACCCGGCUGAACGAACUUACGAACCAGAAUGGUUGCGAUUCACUACGCCUUAUCGGGAAGACACGGAACUGCCGCGCAAAUGUAAGCGGUACUCCAGGAAUCCGGCAAACAGCUCACAGUGCACCCAAGGUGACUUCGACAGAAAUACGAUGGAAUUAUGCAGUGAUGAAUGGGUGUUCGAAGAUAACGAAAACACAAUCGGCACGGAGUUUGGACUUAUGUGCGAGGAAAAGAAAUGGAAGCUGUCGAUGGUGGGCACAGUCAACAACUUCGGUCAAUUUAUCGGCAUACCUGUGUCUGGUAUCAUUGCAGACAAGUUUGGUCGAAAGUUUGCUAUGGUUUUUUGUGCUGUUACAUCGGCCAUAAUAUGUAUUAUUCAAUCGUUUUCGGUCAAUUAUCAGAUGUUCCUGGUUUUGGAAUUGUUGUCUUCCAUCGUUUCCAGCGGUGUAUAUACAGUCACUUUCGUAUUAGCAAUGGAAUUGGUGCUACCUAAUCACCGAGUACUAUACUAUUCAAUUCUGGAAUGUUUCUAUCCAAUUGGUGCCAUACUGGUGGCUUUUAUCGCUAGUUUAGUGAAAGACUGGAGACUUUUGUUGCAGAUAGCCAACAUCCCGGGAUUGCUGUUCUUGUCAUAUUUUUGGCUUACGGAAGAAUCGAUGAGAUGGUUAGAAAUGCAAGGCAAACAUGACAGAGUGAUCGAUGUGCUCAAGAGAAUAGCGGGUAUUAAUAAAAAGUCUUUGCCUGUACUGACUUCUAAUGCACAAAUAGAGACGAUAAAUUACGACGACGAAAACGAUGCAAAGUACAUCAAUAUUUUAAAAGACGUAAUUGGCUCUCCGACAAUAUUAUGUAGGCUGAUCAGAUGUUCACUUGUGUGGAUAGCGAUAACACUAGUUUACUAUGGGCUGACAAUAUGUGCAACUGACAUUGCUGGGGACAAGUAUCUAAACUUUUCGUUGGCCUCAUUCGUUGAGAUACCGGCCUGCUUGCUGAAUUGGUUGAUUAUGGAAGGAAUGUCCCGAAAAAUGUCGUUGUCCUGUAUGUUUAUCUUGAGUGGUUUCACCAGUGUCUUAUACAACUUGGUGCCGGACUCAUUACUCCUGAUAAAGUUAUUGAUAUUCUUGAUUAGUAAACUAGCAAUAUCAAUUGCGUUUUGCAUAAUUUACAUGCUUACCGUGGAGAUAUUUCCAACCAGGAUGCGAGCGACUCUGUUAUCCGUGUGCUCUAUGAUCGGUCGGAUUGGAUCCAUGUUGGCACCACAGACCACGCUGCUGGCUGAAUACUUUGGCAAUUAUGUGACGAUGCUCGUGUUUGGUGCGACGGCACUAGUGGCAGCCGCGAUCACCAUGACUCUUCCGGAAAGCAAAAACAUCAAGUUGCCCGACACGAUCGUCGAAGCUGAACGGAUCGGGAUCGACCGCCUGCUACCCGAAAACAUCGAAAACUCUUAAUCUUACAAUAAUUCAUGAUUAUUAAUAAUAAUAUUUUUAUACGCACAAUAAAUAUAGUAUACAUAAAAUGUAUACUCUAUAAAUAGUGUAUUGUUUAUAUGCGACGUUUUUAGUUAGCUUGUUGUUUCGGGACCACUCUAUAUACGUAAUAAUAAAUUUGUUACUUCUCUCUGCAGCUCAUCGUCAUAGAUGUUUCGACGUUUCGUGCACACAUAAUUUACCAACAGCGCGAAUGGUACCAUUGGAAAAUGUGAGGAACCGAAAAUGAGACCGGUGAUCUAUCUGUGCAACUCGCCAAAUCGAUAUUCCAAAAAGAGUACUAUGAUCUUUCAAUUCAUUUUUCUUGAUCGGAGAACUAUUGCUUUCGAAGUACAUCAUUAUUCUUAUUUAUAUUCUUUAUUUACAUCUAAUUUAUUUUAAAUUUUACCCAUACUCUUAAAAUAUAUUGUUCCAACAGUAAAAAUAUAAGGCGAUUCGUCAAGCAUUUUUAAAUAUACCUCAAUUAUUGAGAAUUAAGCACCGUGGUAUCAAAACAAUUGAAUUGUGUUAUCUUUAUAUUAUUUCAGGAGCGUGGUAAUACACUAAUACAAACGUAUUUUUUCAAAUGGAAACCAUUUUUUUUACAGUACAUUUUUAAGCAAUUGAUUUUUUCUUUAAUGUGGAUGUAUUUAAGUCGAAAUACAAACGAGAAAUGUUUACUUUAUAAGUGAUUAAAAUGUAUAUGUAAUAUUUAGUGUAGUAUCUACUAUGACAUUUAAAAAAAUUAUAAAAAUUAUUAAAUAUUAAUCUAUUAAUAUUAAUUAUAAUAAAUUAUAAUUUUGAAAUCAAUAUUAUUUAAACCGAAUAUUAUGGAUCCAUUAUCCUUACACAAAGGCAAAUAACUAAAAAAAUUACUCAUUUGAAUUUCGAAUUAGAUACAUCAACAUUUAAAAAAAAUCAUCUGCUUAAUAAUUUUAAGUAAUAAUGGUCAUUCUCAUGUGAACAAAUAUAAUUUUAUAUCAACACGCCAGAAAAUUUCUUAAAUGGUACAAAAAUCGAAUUAUUUGAACAUAAUAUGGUCUUAAAAAUUAGAAUCAUUUAAUACAUGAAUAUCUAAAAUUAAAGAAAAAAUGUAUAGUAGACAUAAUUGACGAAUCACCUUGUAUAUGUAUUAUAAUGGUCUGUAAAUUAUUUAGAUCUACGAUUUUUCGUAGUUUUCUCGACAAUUACUUGAUUUUAUACUUGCAUAUCCAAUCCAUAUGUAUAUUUAUGCAAUUUUCAUGCUUGUGAUGUAUGCAUUUUAUUUCAAAUUUGUUUUAAAAUAUUUUUAUUUCAAAUCUAUAUCUACAUUAGAAGUUCUGCUUCAAGACGGUUAAUUAUCCUAAAUGAUACUAAAUCAAUCAGGGGAGUUCCUAAUUAUUAGUAAUUACUUAUUAUACCUAUUAAACAAUUAUAAACAUUAUAGGGCGACGCGCCUAUAUAAUUAGAUGUUUAGAACUUUAGAAAUUAUAUCCAUCCAUUAUCUAUAUGUUAUACUAUUGUCUAUUAU